AGGCUUGGACUGUGUGUUCUCGGAGUCUACUCAAUGUUUCUACUAUGGGCUGUGGCGCAGGAACGAUUAUCAGUUCCGUUCCAACACAUAGACGGACAGUCAACACACAAGUUUAAGUCUGCACUUUUCCUCGGUACUUGUCAGAGCUUUCUGAGCUCGCUGUCUGCCCUCGCAUACAUAGUCAUCCGUGGAAAAUCAGGGUCAUCACUAUCGUCUCUACUGGGCCUGGACCUCGCCUCCAUGGCACAAACGAACAAUUCAUCCAAUUCCAAAACAAACGGAUCUUCGAGUACUAAAGUCAACGGCCAUACACAUUCCCCAAGCGCACCGUCGCACACUUCUUCGUCUACAUCCAAAGCUCUCCUCUUGUGCUACCUCCAAGUAUCGGCUUUCAUCACACUAGCCGCUCCAUUCGGCUUCGCAGCCCUCUCGUACAUAACUUAUCCUACAAUGGUCUUGGGAAAGUCCUGCAAGCUCGUCCCAGUGAUGCUCAUGAAUGUCGUCAUGUACAGGAGGCGCUUUGCUCCACAUAAAUACAUCGUGGUCGCAAUGGUCACAGCCGGCAUCAGUGUCUUCAUGGGCUUCGGGAACGAAAAGCCAUCAAAAGCCUCGUCCAAUGGCGAGCAAGGGUCUUAUGGACAGCUGAUUGGCAUUCUCUACCUUGUCAUUAACCUCAUUCUCGACGGCGCGGUGAACUCGACGCAAGAUGAGUUGUUCGUUCGGUACAAGGUGACCGGGCAACAGAUGAUGUUCUGGAUCAAUCUGUUCUGCACGCUGUUGAGUACGACGCUUGGAACACUUCCCUUGCCGCACAUCCCUGUGCUUCACCCCUCGAGCGGUUUACAAUCGGAAUUUGCAAAUGCAAUUGGUUUUAUAAGGACGCAUCCUUCUGUUAUCGUACCACUGGUCCAGUUUUCUUUGACUGGUGCUCUUGGGCAGCUGUUCAUCUUCGAGACGUUACAGCAUUUUGGAUCGCUGACUUUAGUAAUGAUUACGUUGACAAGAAAGAUGUUCACCAUGGUUCUCUCUGUGGUAGUUUAUGACCAUAAACUCACCGUUGGGCAGUGGGUAGGCGCAGGCAUUGUGUUUGGGGGCAUCUCAGUUGAGGCGUGGGUAAAACGCAAAGAGGUCCAUGCAAAGCGUGUUCUGCAGGAGAAAGAGAAGGCAAAGAUCAAGUCACUAUAG